AUGGCGAUACCUGGGCUUCCCUCCCUUUGGGGCGAUCCACACACUCGGAUCCCGCGUCCGGAAGCGCCGGGACAAUCGCCAGACCUAGCGAAGGGAACCGAAGAGGCUGCACUUGCCCAACGCCAACCUCUUUUCACGCCUACUGCCGGCUUCAACGGCCACUUCCGGUCGCGCGAAGAGAACCCCGCCCCCGCUCGUCGCGGGCUUUCGACCACACCCCGCGGACUGGCGGAACUACGACUCCCAGAAUGCUCCACGACACUGAACUCCAUUUCCCAGAGGCCUCAGCAACGCGAAACCGGGAGGAGCUGUUACCGUGUUUUUCCCUACAGCCCUACAGCCCUACAGCAGGGCGUGCUUUUCGCCUGCGUCAGCCAGCUGCGAAUGGAGUCCGACGCCAAUUUGUCAGUAUGUUCCUGGCAAAAAAAGGACCCCAUAGAAGUCGGCUGCAGGCGCAGAGGACGCGCCAAGGGCCGACAAGUUCGGCUCCUAGGCCGCUCCGCGGCGCGGGCCCCGCCUCGCCCCCCGCCCGGGACUCCGGGACACCGGGCAGCGGCGCCGAGCCCCUCCCGGGAAGCCCCCAGCGGCGCGCGUCAGGCCCAGGACUGCGCCGGGGCCGGGGUCUGCGCCGCCGCCGCCGCCGGGGGGACCUUCUUCCCGUGGCCCCGGCCCCGCGCCGCGGGAGGGGACGGCCGGCCCGCCCAGCCUGCCGACCCGGAGGGGCCUCCCGCGCUCGCGACCACGUUCAGCCGCUCGGCCCCGCAGCGGCUGCACUUUCUAGGAACGACUUAA